AUGCCCUUGACGACUCCAUUUCUGCCUCUGACCCUCUCCGCCGCCUCGCUCUCUCCCUCCCACUCCUCCCACCCCGCCGACUCGACACACAUCGGCCCUGAUCUUGACGAGCCCCAGCUGCGCCUCGACCUUGAAGCACUCGCUGCCGUUUCGGAGGCCUCCGCAACCACCAACCCGCACGCCCCGCCCGCACUGCCCGCUCUGCCCGCUCUGCCUGCUCUGCCUGCUCUGCCCGCUCCUUUUGCUCGCAGCACCAGCACCAGCACCAGCAGGCGCCUCACCUUCACCCGCUUUCCUCUGCUGCGAAAAGGCAGUCGCGAGCUCACCCGCGCCGCCUCCGCCCACUUCAGAGGCAGCAGCAUCUCUACCGCCGCCGCGCCUUCCCACGCCGACUCGCCCUUCCUCUCCACCGGCGCUCCACGAUCCUCCCGGCCCUCGUUUGCGCGUGACCGCGCCGAGCCUCCCCCGCGCGAUCCCUCGACCGCACGCGAGCCGUCCGCCUACGCCAGCCUCCGCUCCGGCAGCUUUGAAGGAGAAGAGCAAGGAAACACUCAUACGCCUACCAGUCUGCAGCAAGCAGCCCAGCCCGGCAAGAUGCAUCAAACCAGCUCGAGACUGCUACGUAUGACCGAUGAUGAGCGGCCGUACACGAGGGAUUUCAAGGACCUCUUCGCGACUCUCAUGGUGUCAUUACCACUUACCCCUCACCGGGUUCGCUUCAGAAUGAUCGAUUACACAUUCACAUCAGACGAGGCCAUCACCAACCUUGGCUCCCUCAAGUUCUCUCAGUCCAACCGCAUGCCUGACCCCAAGGACUCAUCGCGUGUUGUGACCACCACCACAACUACCACCUUCUCAAUGGCGAAAGAGAUGGCUCGCUCUGUCUGCCAAAAGUUCCUUGAGGCCAAGUUCGUCGAGUCGGUCGAGGGCAAGACUGACUUCACAAACAAGAGCUCUGUCUGGCAGUUGACCCCCAAAGGCAUUCACAUCUUGGAACGAUUCUGCACGCGCAAUGGCAUCCAAUCUGCCCAUGUCAAGGCCGUCAUUGAGUCCAACCGCAACCCCCAUAUCCUAGUCAUCCUUGAGCGCAACACAGAAAACGACAAGCUGCACCACGACGAGCAAACUGUCGAGAUCCUCUUCCGCCGUUUCGUGGGUACUACCGCAAACGAGAUACAAUCCGACUCGGACUCGAUACACGAGUUCUCAAAGUGCGAUGUUGGCGUCAAGCUCGUCAAGCACCGACCUACCACUAGCCGUCAGUACGAGUACACCUUCAACGGCCGCAAUGCUGCACAAUGGUUGAUGGACUGCACCACAAUGGUUGAUCCACGAGAGUCGAUAGAGAUAGGGUCCCUCUUCUUGCAACUCAAGCUGAUUGCUCCCGUCGAUCCCCGCGUCCCGGAGCACACCUUCCAGCCCGUCAAGCAGGUUCACUACUACGUCACACCACACGGUGAGCGCGUUGCAGGAUGGAGCCUGGAGGAAGUCCCAUCGAGUGGAGAGGUCAUUGCCGCAAAGACUCGUGACGGUAUGGCCCGUGAUUCGAACAGCAAUCGCACAAACGUCAUCAUUCGCAACCCUUCAUGGCGUCUGCUGUACCGUGAGUUCCUCAAGGAGACCAUGUGUGAGGAGAACCUGUCUUUCUAUCUGGAGGUCCAGGAGUUCAACAGGCAAUAUCGUGCUGCCAUCGGCGACAAGGGCGACAGCAAGGUGGAGACCAUCCGUGAGACGCUCGCCGCCGCCUACGGUUUGUACAAUGCGUUCUUGGCGCCCGGGUCACCGAACGAGCUGAAUAUCGACCACGGUCUUCGCACUCAACUAGCUACCCGAAUGACACGUGCUGUUGGCGAUGAUGCUGCUAUGUUGCAAAGCCUCAACGAGGUUGCAACAUUGUUCGACAAGGCCCAGAAUUCUAUCUUCAAGCUUAUGUCUAGUGACUCAGUACCGAAGUUUGUCAAGCACCCCAAGUACGCCCCUCAGCUGCGUGGUCUCGAUGCCGCAGCCGCCUCCUCCUACGCCGCGCUCCCUGUCGGUGCUCGAUGA